UUGUGACAUUUACCUUGGGCAUAAUUAAAUCUCGGGUUUUCUGAGGUGUAUUUCUACACUGCACUUUUAUCUAAAGAUGUAAAUCUAGGUAAGUUAAUAUUUUAUUUUGUAAGAAGGAAAACAAUCUGGUAACGGUUAAACUUAAUUUAUAAGGGCUGUGUUCACAGCCCUUAAUUUCAGUUUAACAUAAGUGUUUAUCAGUCUUUUAACAGCACAUUUGAGAACAUGCAGUAGACACAUGGAAUGCUCCAAUUCUCAAUUUGGACGCUUUACCCCAGAGUCUUCUCCACCUGGGGAAUUGCUCCAAAAUAGCAGGCAGUUCUUGUGACUGCUUUGCAGCACUUUUAAGACGAAAUGAGUGGUUUGGAAAAGAAGUGAAAAUUCUGCAUCUUCACUUUGAAAUGUGUUAAUUAGCAAAAAGUCUUAACUUGCUUGUAAUGGUUAUGAUAUUUGAGACCCUAUCAGCUGACUUCUUUUGCUCUUUCCCUGUCAACAUAUUUCAUUACACAUUCUCCUGGUGCCUUCCUGAGUCUGUUCCAAUCAAUCUUUAAGUUUAAUCAUCACAAGCCAGAAAUGCGACUGAUUGCGGCUGAUCGUUCCAACAGCCUCCUUCCCCGAAACAUUUUUUUUGUUUUCUUUUUUCUUCCUGCUGAAGAGUAAUUAAAAGCAUCUGGGAAUGAUUAGAAACUUGAGCAGGUGGCUUGCAUUUCUGGAAUCUGUCACCAGGAGGGGGAACCUGUAGCACAUCCCUGAGAGAAACCCCAGAGCUCAGACCAAGCCAAAAGGCGAGGGCUUCCUUCUCAAGGUUCUUUGUCUUCUUUUGCUAGAUAGUUGCUUCAGUGGAAUUGUGCUCCAUUCGUGGACCUCUAACCAAGAAUAAAAUCACAUGUGCGUGGCUCAGAUCAAUUAAAAAAUCAAUAUUAAGACAAAGAACGUAUCAAUGAAGGAGCAUUAAUCACUUCCGAGGCCUUUCAGAUGGCUAUGCUACGUAUUACAGAGUGAGCCGGAGAGCUGUGCCUUGUGCCGUCCAGAUCUGACUUCACGACAGCACUGCUGAUAAGGUUCACCAGCUCUAUGGGGAGCACACAGAGCGAGCGGGCAAGUGAGUGCCAGGCCGGGAGGGAGCGGCAGAGCCGGAGGUGCCGUAGGAGAGGAUGAACGCCCGCUGCCGUGCUGACAUGGCGAUGUCAUUGCACAGGAGAGGCAGCUCGGGGCCGCAGGCGGGCGCCGCGCCCUGCCCCGCCUUAGGGCACCCGUGUGGCGCAGGGCUUCAAGCCCAACGCCGCCGCAGCUCCCGGCAAGGCCUUGUGACGUCACGGGCCGGGCAGCGUGACGUCAGCGAGCCUCCAUUGCCCGGCAGGCCGCACGGGGCGCUGGAAGUGACAUCAGGCCGCAUCCGGGGCAGGGCCCGGCGGCGCGUGGGGUCGGGUGCGGAGGCGUCCGCGGUGCGUCCCGCAGGGCCGGGAGCGAGGGUGGGAAGCGGUAGGCCGUCCCGAUCCCAGAGCCGGCCGAGGCGCUUCUCUCUCCGCAGGUGCGGCCAUGGCGGACUCUACGCAGAACGGACCCGUGCAAGGCGGAGCCGGCGGCGGAGCCGUGCAAUUUCUGAUGGCUAACAAGUUGGAUACAGCAAUGUGGAUUUCCCGCUUGUUCACAGUUUACUGCUCUGCUUUAUUUGUCCUGCCUCUUCUAGGGUUGCAUGAAGCAGCAAGCUUCUAUCAGCGCGCCUUGCUGGCAAAUGCUCUCACUAGUGCUCUCCGACUACACCAAAGGCUACCACACUUCCAGCUUAGCAGGGCCUUUCUGGCCCAGGCUUUGCUGGAGGACAGCUGUCACUACCUGCUGUACUCUCUUAUCUUUGUGAAUUCCUACCCUGUCACAAUGAGUAUUUUCCCAGUUCUGCUGUUCUCUUUGCUUCAUGCUGCCACAUACACAAAGAAGGUUCUUGAUGCACGAGGCUCAAAUAGCCUGCCCUUUCUGAGAAAUCUUCUAGAGAAACUGAAUGCUAAUCAACAAAAUAUUCUAAAAUUCAUUGCUUGCAAUGAAAUUUUUCUGAUGCCAGCCACGGUUUUUAUGCUUUUCAGUGGUCAAGGGAGUCUGCUCCAGCCAUUCAUUUACUAUCGGUUUCUAACAUUACGCUACUCUUCUCGGCGAAACCCGUACUGCAGGACUCUCUUCACUGAGUUGAGAAUUGUUGUUGAACAUUUAAUAAUGAAGCCCUCAUGUCCUGUUUUUGUGAGAAGACUGUGUCUCAGCAGCAUUUCCUUUAUAAGCAGAUUGGCACCAACUGCUGCAUAGCCAAAUUUCAGACACGCGUCUAUUGUGAACAUUAUGAGCAGCUGGCACUUCUGCUGAUGAUUAAAUUUCUGGUUUUACACUGGUCUCACUCCAGGCUGUAUAAAAAUGUGUCUUUGCUUUUCUUGGAGAUAAUUUAAAAUUUAGCAUAUCAAAAACAAGUCAUGGAAACUUUAAAAUUACUGUGCUAUAUUGGUAAUUGGUGGAAAAAAAGUAGCUGCAUUCUAUCCUAAACGUACCCAGUCCUGCAGAAUUGUUUUUUAGAAAUCAUUAGUUGUUGGAUGCUGAUUAAAACUCUUUAAGAAGCCUGUGCAUAAUAGGUUUAUACUAGCUGGAACCACUGCUAUGGUAGAGUGUCUCUAGCAGGUAGCAUUGGUACAUACACCUAGGCAGAACGUGUUGGACAGUAUUCUUCUGCUUACUAAAUAUAUGUAGAAUUAUUGUCCAAAUUACUAUAUUCAGUGAAAAAUAUUGCCCACGUUUAAUUUAACAAAAUUUAAAGGGUAUCAAGCUGGUACAGGUAACACCUUUUCAGGAGAGCCUAUUUCUGCUAAUGUCAUUUAAAGAUAAGGUAAAAGCUCAGAAGAGUUAUGAUGUAGCCUUCUGUUUUAUUUCUGGGAGAAAUCUUGAGGCUCUGACUGUCGAGAAUUCAGUUGUCUUGUCAAAACAAGAUGUUUUACCAAGCCAAAUUGCUGACCUGGAGGCUUUUCAGACAAAGAUGCAAUGCUUAAACUUUUAACCAUCUCUUAAGUGAACUAAUCAAUGUAAAUGUUGUAACUUUUGGAGAAUCAUUGCGGAUAUGUUCUUGUGUCUACACAAAUGUGAGACUGCAGUAAUUCAAGCAUGUCUGCUUUUUAGAAGAUUAAUCUGUAGCUAGCUCUAUAUAAAUUGUUAUUCCAGUUUCUGAGACUUUCAUUGUAAUGGGAAAUUUGCAUAAAGGAUUGCACCUGUUCAGGCAGCUAUUGAAACAAAUUGCUGCAGGAUUUUUUGGCAUAAAUCCAUCUUAUGACUGAUCUGAAGGCAGUAUCACGACUACAGAAGUGAAUAUUAAAUUGAGUGCUGAUUAUGUAUUCACCCAGCAGCUGAAAGGUAGGUCAUGGAAAAAAGAGUAUUAUCUGCCCGCAUAUAAUGUCUUUCCAUAAGUUCAAGGGAAAGUAUUUGCCUUAUCUUCUGUAGCUAAUAUUAAUGUUCUAAUUGCAUAAAAUUAAGUGGGAUAAUUGGCCUUUUGUAAAAAUCCUAAGGUACCGUGCUCUUCUUCCUUGGUCAGAGAAAUGUGAAACACUUCUGAAAACAGUUUCAGAGCAAAGUAUGUAACUACUGAGUUAUCUUGUUUGUAAUGUGGAUGUAAUUUGGCCUUUUCAGUUGUUUCAGCUUGCUGUUUUAGAGCUGUGUAUUAACACAAUUUUUUUGCUCAACCUCUUGGUACUGAUAAAGACCUGUUUUUGGUAAUCGAAUAUGAUACUCUUUGACUCUGCAUCUUGCUUUCUGAACAUGAUUAGUUAUUUAUAGAACACUUGCAUACUGCAUGAGCAACUGCAUGCAGUACUGCUCUACUGCUGCUAAUACUUGCAACAAGAUUCACUAUGUGUAUAUCCUGUAACUUGAGGAUUUUAUAAAACCUAAAAUUUCUACUGCAAUAAAAGGAGUGUUAAAUG